AUGUCCACCAACCCUCCCGACGCCGGCUCUCAGCAAGGCUCCAGCUCCCUCCCAGGGACAACAACGACCCUAGAACACUCCACCGGGAAGAUAGACGACCAAGAUAAGAUCCCGACGUCCACAACGACAGAGAAGAACGGCGCAGGCGACGGCGAUUCGGAAGAGCAACAUCUCGAAUCUCAUGAGGUAAUAGAACUUCAGACGUUCAGCGAGAGGAAAGCCUGGAUCGAGGAGAAGAUCAAAUUUCUGGAAAAUUUGCCCCCAAUCGAGGUUUUCUCGGGUCUUGAUUCGUUGCGCGAGCAGGCCGAAGAAUGCCCCAACCUCCCCUCUCGCGAAAAGCUGCAGCAAUGGAUGGCAGAACACGACGUUAUUGAGAAGGAGACAGAGAUUUUCGAUACUGGGGAGCUCAAGAAGCUCAGGCAAUUAACCAAAGCCGCGACCCAACGCAACCUGUCCCCCGCCGACACUGACCUCAUCGAAAUAACGCUAACCACAAUCUACGCAUUGGACAAACUCUUACAUUUACUGCGUGACCGUUCGGAAAAUUUGGAAUUGCUGGGCAUUCGACUUGAUUGGGAGGAAAAUAGGACAAACUCAUGGAAGGAACGCAGCAAGAUUUUGGAAGACUUGGAUACCUUCAUUAAGACUAGAGCACGCUGGUCGCCCACAAUUUAUGAAUCCGGUGCUUUAUUCGCAAACCCCCCACCGACGACUGGACCUACCACCACUCUUACCAAACCGGAAGAUUCGCCAAUACUCUCGAGACGUGGUUCGGUCGCGUCCUUGGCCUCCGUAGCCUCCGAGUCUUCGUCAUUUAGCAUUGGCAACAAUGUUUCACGAGGGGCCCGCUUCAAGUUAGCAGAACUCUUGGCCCGCGAUGCUGCCCAGUUCGGGAUCAGAAUCACAGGCUUAUGCCAUGGAAGAGUCACCAACGCUGGAAGACUCCUCGACAAACUAAUCGACCACAGUCGGAGACCUGUCCCCGACCCCUUACUAGACGAGCAAGAUCGUUUGGAGGAGAAAACCACACAAGAGCUAGAGAAUGUUGGCAAGUUCGCGAUGGCUCUCUCACUCCAAUGGCGAAAGGCCGACGAGAUCUAUGUGGAGACUAUGAAAGACCAGAGCACUGCGCGGGAACUCUAUGAAGAAGUUCAGACAGCCAAAUGGCAACAUCCCUCCCAACGACAAGUCGCAGCCUUUGCAUCUCGAGUCGACAGCGUCCUCAAGCGACUUUCCUUGAGGGGUAACCCUUCAUCAAGGAUUACUACGUUCCCCAAACCCGAGCACCCACUCUUUCCGGAUCAGGCUGAUGAGAAUGACGCGCUCUGCCAAGUUCUCUCUGCCGAGAUCACUACGGCGAAUAAGCUUGCUGAACAAGCCGACCAGGUGGUCAAGGAGUACAAGGAGUACUGGGAGGCCAUUAAACGCGUCGAGACGACCGUCGGGUCAGCGAAGGACCUUAGCGCAUCAUUCUCGUCGAUCCUCCAGCGUCUUCGCGAAGGUGUCCCAGCCGAAAACACCGUCGAAGGUAGUCCCCCAGACCUGACAUCCGAAGCUUGUCUCGAUCCGUCUCGACACGCCGUAUUCCUCGCACUACUCCCCUCCAUCCUAACGGAAUUGGGGGAUGUGACGACCAAGGCUGACGAGGUCAUCAAAGACUCGCACCUUUUCUUCGACAUCCUGGACAAUGAAUGCGUCGACCCGGUCUUCAAGUCCAACUCCACCUCUGCAAUUCAAGGCCUCAUAUCCCUCCGCGAUGAGGCCAAGCAAAUAAGCGAGCUCGUUUCGGAACGUGCUGCCAGGUUGAAGGAGACGAGGCAAAUCUCGGGGGUGAUGGAUACCGUCGGGAAGGAGAUGGAGAGGGUCAGGGAUAAGAUUAGCCAGAGUAUCGAGAGGAUGGCAUGGAAGAAGGAAGAUCUCGGAAGCAGGAAUGGCGCACCACCUACUCCCGAAAGUCCCGCCGCCGAGCUGACGCCCAUAGGCACGACUUCUGUGGUACAUGCAAGCAUUGAAGGUGACCUUGAUAGCCUAAACAAGAAGCUCACGGACACAGUCGACGCAGGAGUAUCCGCCCUUACUCCACACCUAGGCGCCGACCUUCAAGAGAACCUACUCAACAAGGCAAAGAACUUGAGGAAUUUCUACGAAGCCUUGCUCUCGAUGCAGGAGGUCGCCAAAGCGGUGCAAGACCAGAGCGAAUCGAUGUCUUCGAUUCGCGACGAAUACAACGCCCAUCUCCUUCGCAUCGAAGACGUAAAGCAACGUUUUUCUACGCUUAGCGCCAGCGUCCUCAGUGACCGUAUCUCCGAAGAUGAUUCCAAGGCCGAAGAACUGUCCAUCAAAUCCGACCUUGGAACACUCCAGGAUGAAGUCUCAGACUUCAUCGACGGACUUUCAAAGCGCGUGAAAUUCGUUUCGAAAACCGCGUCGCCAACUAGGGCUCCCUUCCUUCGUCGCAACAAAUCUGAGCUCGACGUUCUCUCGCUCGAGGACAGCUCUGCAACGCCACAACCAACUGUUGUUCUCCCGCUGGACUUGUCACAGUUGGACGCUGAGGUUCGUGCCGAAUCCAAUGGGUACGUGAUGCGCCUAAGUGGGGCGCUGGAUUCGGUUGCACGGGCUGCUGAACACCUCACUACUACCCAACUCGCCAAGACCCUUGACGCGUCAUUGGCUUCAACCAUCGACACCGUAUAUCAAUCGCAGGAACACACCAAGACGCUCAAGGCUUCCUUCACAUCCCUACUUGAUUCGGCGCCUUCACCAUCGUCGACAACUGCUUCUUCGGACACCUUUAUGAAAGACCUCGACACAUUGAUCGAACAAGUAGACGAAGCAAGUCGAACAAGGAGAUUGAGUGUGUCGAGAUGUUUCUCCCCUCUACGCGAUCUUCUCCGUAAGAUGGAUGCUUCCUCGUCCAAUCUUGACGACUCGAUCCGUCAGACGCUACACGUCGCGCGGGUUCGAAGCGUAGACGAUGUUGAGCGCCGAUACCAUUCCUGGGCGGAAGAAAUCUCGAAUUUGAAAUCCGAGAUGGUGGCUGCUAAGGCCAAGGAGGUGCAGAGACUUGAACAACUCCGGAUCGAGGAAGAGAAGAGAAAGGAGGAGGAGGAGAGGAGGAAGAGGGAAGAAGAGGAUGAACGGCGGCGGAAAGAGGAAGAGGAGAGGAAGAGGGAAGAGGAGAGGAAGGCGGAGGAGGAGAGGCAGAAAGAAUUGGAGAGGCUGCAGGAGGAGAGGCGGAGGAAGGAGGCGGAGGAAGCGGAGAGGGCCAGGUUGGAGAAGGAGAGGUUGGAGGAGGAGGAGAGGGAAAGGAGGAGGUUGGAGGAGGAAGCUGCCAAAGCUCGGGCCCUUGAGGAGCAGGAGCGAAUGAAGCAGAAUGAAGAAGAUAAGGCGCGUCUAUUGGCGGAAAAGCUUGCCAUGCAAACCAAAUUACAACAAGCAGAGGCGUUGCUCGCUGAAGAGAAGGCCCGUCAGGCUGCCAGAGAAAAGCACGCCCAGAAGCUGGCCGAGGAAGAGAAGCUGAAGAUCGAGGCUGAGCGGAAAGAGAUGCAGCAGGCAAUCAAGGACGCUCAGGAACAGCUUGCACGUAUCGAGGCUGAGGCGCAGAAGGCAGUGGGCGAAGAAAAGAAGAAACUGGAAGCAGAAAUCAAGGCGAUGAAAGCCCAGCAUGACAAGACCCUCGAGGCUUACAAAACGGCCAAGGACUCAAAGCGUAAAGAGCCAAAAGUCAAGGAAACCAAACCCAGGCCAACCAAGGACGAAGAGGCGACUCCCCGUCCUCGCCGCCAGUCUGCUUCCUCUGCGGUCACACCCCGACCACGACGACCCACAGUCACUGGAAGGAAGAAUGUCAAAGACCAGUUCCCAACCAUCAACGAAGACGAUGUCUUCACCCACUCCACUGCACCCUCUUCCUCGCGCAUGGCUACUGUCAAGGAGAACAACCAGACCCAUGCCUUGAUAAGUGGUCUACGCAAGCGGCUGCGAUCCCUGAACAUCAACGAGGUCGCUCGCCCCUCAAAGAAGUCAGCAAGCCUUCCAACCCGCCAGCGUGCUGAAUCCCUUCGCAAGAAAUUCGCCGACAUCGAGAAGGACGUCUCCGAGCUCCCUUCGUCCUAUGACAACAAUUCUCUCAAUUCGGAGCUUCGGUCGCUGCUGACGGAGGUCGAAGGUUCUGCUAGCCUGUUGGACCACAUCGACAAGUUGGUGGUCGUGACUGAGGCCAUCGAGCAAUGCGAUACCAUUCUCAGUGACUUGCUGGAACACGUUGACAGCUACCCAGACAUCCCAGUGGAAAUAUCUACACUGCAUACCAGUGACGAAGAGGCGACCCCAGAGCAACAGAUGGAAGCUCGACUCACCUUCACCAGGAGGACCCUCGACGAGCUGCGAACCAAAUGCGGUACUGUCCCCCACGAUCGUCGUGUUCUGGCAGAGCAAGCCAGACUCGAGCAGACAUGGAUGGAACUCGAUGAGAUGGCUUCCGACCGACUUGGUGGAAGGAAGUCAAGGCCUCCCAGUGCGAUCAGCUCGAGGCCAGACUCAAGCCGAAGCAGUUUCUCCUCGUCCGUUGCUCCUGGUAGGCCGGGGGUUGCAAGGAAGCGCGCCUCGUAUGCUGGCCUCUCCGUUUCGUCGACGACGAGAGGGGGAAAGCUGGCGCCUCCAGUUCCAUCUACGCGUCGCGCGGUUUCUGGAGAUAGCGAUACGAGAAGGUCCAGCAGUCGAAUGUCCAGCACUUCGACCACUCGCUCUGUUUCCGGUCCACUCAGUACCUCGGUUAUGGCUCCUACAUUCGCCUCUCGGCAACGAACUGCCAGCUUGUCCAGUAAUUCUGGCACACCUGUUCGCCAAACCCCCACUGCUGGCACACCGAGCUCGAGAAGUCGUAGCCGUGCACAAUCAGCGGCCAGACUUUCAAGGACACGCUCACCGACUGUUUCAGACGUUUCUAGUCCCUCUUACGUGCCGCCCGCACGCUCAACUGCAACGUCUACCUCCAGUUGGGCCAGGGCACCUCGGGACUCACUCUCCUCUCUCGUUGCACGCGCCAUGACACCUCCCUCACAGCGAGGCCGGACCCCUCCUCCCCGCAAGAAGUACGUUGCGAAUCCCAAGUCCAAACUGGAUGUCGCCGUCGGUGAUGUCGUGAACAGUCUCCCUGUCGGUAUCAACGUCGAGGGUGUCAAAGAAAGUUGGAGAGACCAAAGUGGGAAGUAUUGGAUAGGGAAUCAAGAUCCUAAACUCUGCUUCUGUCGAAUUUUGCGCUCGCAAACCGUCAUGGUUCGAGUUGGAGGAGGGUGGAUGGAAUUGUCCAAGUUCAUUCAAAACCACUUUGCAGACAGUUUCAAACUCCUCCCUGAUUCUCCAUCUGGGCUUCCAGGCAAGCAACAAGACGAGAAAUGGAUAAGCGCUGCUUCCCUUCUUGAAGCGGCCGCGGAGUCCAAAAACCCGGUGAUUGCUACAUCCCCUCCUCCCGGUGAAGGCUCCACCACAGGCUCGCCACAACUCCUCGUUCCGCCCGCACCACCGAAGACACCUGAACCCUCCAGCAACGGCCCCUACGUGCCUUCCUUCUCACUGAUAACACCAAGUGGGCAAAGCCCGCGCUCUCUCAUGGGCUCGCCAGUCCAGUCGCCUUCAGUCAAGGGUUCUUCCCCGCUCACCCCUCUCGAAUUUAUGCGCAAGGCCGAACCUAUACCCCAUUUCACGCGUCCAGGGACGCCAUCUAAAGCAUCCCGUACGAGGAAUACCCCUGCUUCCCUUCCUUCUUCAUCUCGUGCUGCGGUGUGGCGUCCUUAG